CACUUCUCCUUCCGGCUGGGCUGCGUCACUUCCGGCGGGGCCGCGGCGAGGACAAGAUGGCGGCGCUGGGUGAACCGGUGCGUCUGGAGCGAGAUAUCUGCAGAGCAAUUGAGUUGCUGGAAAAAUUACAGAGAAGUGGAGAAGUGCCACCACAGAAAUUACAGGCUUUGCAAAGGGUCCUUCAAAGUGAAUUCUGUAAUGCUGUGAGGGAGGUAUAUGAACAUGUAUAUGAAACUGUGGAUAUCAGCAGUAGCCCAGAAGUGAGAGCUAAUGCAACAGCCAAGGCCACUGUAGCUGCAUUUGCUGCUAGUGAAGGUCAUUCGCAUCCCAGAGUGGUUGAACUGCCAAAAACUGAAGAAGGUCUUGGAUUCAACAUCAUGGGGGGCAAAGAACAAAAUUCUCCCAUCUACAUCUCCCGAAUUAUCCCUGGUGGUAUAGCUGAUAGGCACGGAGGCCUGAAACGUGGAGACCAGCUUCUUUCUGUGAACGGAGUGAGCGUCGAAGGUGAACACCAUGAGAAAGCAGUAGAACUACUGAAGGCAGCCCAAGGAAAGGUCAAAUUGGUUGUACGAUACACACCGAAGGUCCUGGAAGAAAUGGAGUCAAGAUUUGAAAAAAUGAGAUCGGCGAAACGCAGGCAGCAAAACUAAUGUUGAAUGCAAUAACUUCAAGAAGAUACACGCCCUUGACAUUGUAUAGUUUGGUCAGUGCAGUGCCAGGGGUACAUAAGUUACUGUCAUUUUCAUAGAACUGUAGAAUGAGUGAGGUUGCAAAGGACUCUUGGGGAUUACGUAGCCCUGCUUAGAGGUUGGUUGGCUAGAGCAGGUUGUUUAGGGCUGUGAUGGGUUUUGAGCAUCUCCAAGGAUGGAAACUCCGCAAAAUCUCUGGGCAACCUGUUCUAGUGUUUUGAUCUCCCUCGUGCUAAAAGAUACGUUUUUCUGUUUAAAUGGAGCUGCUUAUAUUAUAGUUUACGGCUGUUGCCUCUUGUCCUGUCACUGGGUACUGCUGAGAAGAGUCUGUUCUUCUUUUGUUUUAAUUCUUCCGUAUCAGGCAUUUACACAUCUUGUUAAGAACACCCUUGAGCCUUCUCUUCUCCAGGCUAGACAGUCUCAGUUGUCUCAGCCUCUCCUUGUUUGUCAGAUGCUCCAAUCACUUGAAUCAACUUUCUGCCCCUUCUCUGGACAGGAUCUUGUAUGUCGUGGACAUGUCUGUCUUGCACUGAGGAACCCAAAGGUGGUCACAUCAAUUACAUCUCCUAAAAGCUGAGUGGAAGAGAAGCAUCACUCCCCUUGACUUGCUGCAGACCAGUAAGCCAUUGGCCUUCCUUGCUGCAGUGAUACGUUAGUGACUUGUAAGCAAUUUGGUAUCUUUGUCUGCAAGGCUGUUUUCCAGCUGCUCAGCCACCAGCCAUGCUGGUGUAGAUCGUUCCUCUCCAGGUGUAAGACUUGCACUUUCUUUUGCUUUUUGAGCUUCCUGAUUGUUCAUUUCUGCAGCCUCCCAAGGUUCAUUGGAAUGGCAUGCAGGGAGUGUAGUCUGUCCCGUCGCCCUGUUAUUAAUGAAUCUGUUAAGCACUAUGGACCCCAGUGCUGAUCUCUGGACUAUGUCAGUAGAGACUUGCUUCCAGCAGGAUUUUUUGCCACCAGUUGCAGCCUUUGGCAGUUCACCCUUCUUUUGAAGGUUUUCUUUUCAAUUUCUUUGCAUUUUUCACAGUUUAAAAAGAAUGCAUCCUUUCAAAAUCAGCUAGGGUACCCUAAAAAAAUGUAUGUUGCAUCUUUAUGCAUCUUUUUCAUAUUAGACCUCUAAGCGUGCAAACAAAUUCAAAUUCAAAGGUUUUUCAAAUGCAUUUAAUAAGACCUGUUUCUACAGUUGACAUCCCUUUGUCCCUAUUCUGUUUUUUCAUUUAACAUCUUCAGUUUUCUUGCUGAAUUAUUUUGCAAAAAAAGAUUUUUAUGUAGCAGUAUUGUGGCACUUUUCUUAAGAACAUGUUAUAUAUCGACUACAAAAAGUAAUCGUGAUCAACUGCAUAGCUGAUAACAAUUACCAGAUUUUAUAAUGUUUUGGUGAGUACGUUAUUUUUUACACUUCUGCUAAAUCAUAAUUUGUUACUCUGGAAAUUUUAUUACCUCACCUGUAAAUAAUGUACAAUUGGUGUUCUCGUAUAAUGACUUUGCAAAUUUGUGAGUUAUUACAACAAUCAUUCCUGUAACUUACAUUGUUUUGUACUGAUUUUCAAGCAGUUAAGGGGGUUAACUGCCUUUGCAGUUCUGGGUUGACUAUAUGUAUUUUUAUAUUCAGAGACUGAAGAUAUGUUAAUGCUUUCAAAAGAAUUUCAGGCGCUUCCCUGACUUUCUGCUGUUUUAAAAGAGUUCAUUUUAAUGGUCAUAACUCCUUUGUGGUUUUAGUAUGUCUUAUUGUAAUCAUAUAUACAGAGUAACUGUGCAGGACUUGGAGUAGUUAGUACCAAAAUCACGUAUUGUUGCAUCCGUAAGAGUAAAACACUCUGAGGCUUACAUGUCAAGUAACCCUGGGGUGAACUUGUUUGGGACUUAUCACUGAACUGCUUCUGAUUUGAAGGGCUCACGGUUGUAGAAACAGUAGCAUCAACAUCACUCUAAAACUUUAUAUGGAAUGGUGCUGGGAUGGUAAUAAGAAGCCUCCAGUUAAAGUGCUACAUGUCUUUGCUCGAGUCUGGUUGAUGGUGGCAUGCUUUUGGUGUGCCAUUUUGAAAAACUUUAUCUGGACAGAGGUACGCUUCUUGGAACUACCAGGUUUGAUGCUGUACUUGCAUACUUGAUUUUAAAAGCUUCACUUUUUGGUAUAUAUCUAUAAUUAACUUGAUUGUCUACUGGAGUCUGUUCACUUGUAUGGCAGCUAUGAGCGCAUCCUAAUUGAUUAUUAGCAGUUUGAUUCUUAGAGGCUUAAACUGAAAAGUGCAGUUCUGACCAUUUGACUGUUCCCUAGUUUGUUCGCGUGGAGCAGUACAGUCUGUUGUGAAAUAAUCAAGUAUGUGGAAGAAAGUAAAUGGUUAAGGAUCUAAAAAUGACAGCAUGAGGUUUGUGCAUUUUCAGUUGAUUUGCUGGAGAAGAAAAAAAAAAAAUGUGAUCACGACAGGCCAGUGAGAAACGUAUUUCCUUUCUGCAUGUUUGUAAGCAUGGUAAGCCUGCAAAUAGAAGUUGGGAUUUUAAAGAUACUGAUAGUUUGAAAAUACAGUAUAAAUAUUUAACAUUUAGAUGAUAUUGAGCACUGAAUUGCAUGGUGUAUUAUCUGUCAUAGGCCUCUAUCUAAAGGCCUCAUGUCACUGGUAGGACCAUGCUGUUGAAUUGUAUAUUUUUAUGGAACAACUAAUGUUUAAAAUACUGAGACCAAAAUCACUAGGUAGCGCAAUCGUGGAUGUGUUUUAAUUUAAUUGUAAGAUAGUAGAUCUUUGUUUUAGAGCUAUAUUAAAAAUAUAUAUAUAAAUAUUAAAGGUAUGGAUACGAGGUAGAAAUGUGUUUUUUAGAACCUGUAUCCCUUGGCGUUACUGAACAAAGCAAUGGUUUCUGUUACUCUAAGGUAACUUACUUUAGUGUAGCUGGAGCUACUGAAUGCAAUAGCAUUAUCCUUCUGAAGUGUAGCAUUUGGAUACAGCUUGUCAUCCACUACAAAAUGUGGGGAAGGGUACCUGGCCAUAUAAAUUGUAGCAUUUAAUUAAAAAGCUUUUUAAUGCAAUAAUGACAAAAAAAAAAAAGAGCAGAAAACUCAUUAACAGUCAUGUUUAGUACUAUGAAAACCUAUAGCAGUAAGGAAAGGGUGGAUUAAGAUUCACCAACAAGCUUAAUUUCUUUUACUACUGAGCAGUGCCUGUACUGUGUUAAUAUGCAGUCCCUACACACUUGAUAUCUUUGGGUAUGCAAACAGUUUAAGAAGAGAUAUCAUUUCUGCAGAUCUGCAUCUAUUGCUGCUGUGAGGAAUCUUUGGGUUUUAUCAACAGAAAAAUAAAAGUUAAGUUUCACAUG